UCCUAACUAAUAUCCACCGUUCUCCCCAUUGUCUUUCUGUUAAUAGUAGUCAUUAGACAAACAUCAAAGUUAAACCCAUUAAAUUAGAAGUUUAUGUGCAUACAUGUUGAAUCUUUGUAAUGGUGGAAGCUCACAUUUUCUUAGUGAUGAAGAUGAGGUGGAUGAUCUUAGCCCAUGUCCAAGCACCAAGAGAUCAUCAAAGAUGGCAGCACUCAACAACCCUUACUCCAAUCGGGGCCUCGACAAGUUCUCUGAACUCUUAGUUGAUCUUCAUGUCAUGAAGCAAAAAAUUUAUACACGGAUGGGAUCAGAGCAAAUCUCAUUUAUCCGUUUCGCCUUCUCAAGCUCUAAUCGAGUUAAGCCCAUCAUUGUCAAGACAAAGAAGAAGAAGAAUAAAAAACCUGUGAUCGUGCCGAUUGUUAAGAAGUCAAAGAACAACAAGAAAAAACAUGCUAUUUGGGGUGAUUGUAGCGCAAAAGCCGAAAGUGCCACAGACAAGGAUUCAUCAGAAAAGUGCACAAUUCAAUCAACAGUAGUUCGAUCAACCAAAAGUAAUCAAGUUCGAGAAACUGGUGAUAGCGAGAAGAAAAUGUUGUCUAGGGGUUUUACUUGGAAGAUGAAGCCAAUGUUGUACUUGCCUGUAGCUAUAAUGUUGAUUUUAGUUUUCUUGGCUGUUUAUGGAAGGACCUUGGCGAUUAUGUGUGUUUCCAUUGCUUGGUAUGUCAUUCCCACCAUUACCAAAAGGUCAACUAGGACAAGUUUGAGUGGCUCCAAUCUAAAAAGGAGACAAAACUGAGCCACAAACUACUGCAUUUGUAAUUUUGAGAAAAAUAAAAAGUAUCAUAUAUGUAUUCUGUAAUGUUAACUGAAUUGAAGAGGCUUUGUGAGCUUAGCUUCAU